AUGGAGAAACAUGAAGAUAUUCAAUACUGUUUUCAAGACGGAAACUCUUCUUGCAGAAAGGUUUUGCUAUCGACAUCUAUCUACAUAACACUGUACAUCUUCUUCUCAUUGAUUUCAGCAGUUACAGUAUUUUUGAAUGUACUGGUGAUUAUCUCCAUCUCUCACUUCAAGCAGCUCCACACUCCAACCAACCUGCUCAUCCUCUCUCUGGCUGUGUCAGAUCUCCUGGUGGGACUGAUUGUGAUACCAGUAAUGACUGUAGCAAUAAUGGAAUCAUGCUGGGGUUUUGGGGAAUAUUUCUGUGUGUUUCAUUUCUUCAUUACUUUUUUAUGUACUACUUUAUCGCUGGGCAAUUUGGUCUUGAUAUCUAUUGAUCGCUAUUUUGCUGUGUGUGAUCCCUUAUUGUACCACUCUAAAAUAACAAUAACAGGAAAGGCUGCCAGUGUGUCUGGUGUUAAAACUGUACAGGCAAAUAAGUCUGAGAGAAAAGCAACAAAAACUCUGUCUAUUGUUGUUUUCACCUAUUUCAUUUGUUGGAUUCCAACUCUAUUAAUUUACUUUUUUUCUUCAGUUUUAGGUGAUCAUUUAAUAUCAUAUUUCACCAGUUAUCUGCCACUUGUUAAUUCCUUAAUUAAUCCAAUAAUUUAUGCUUUAUUUUAUCCAUGGUUCAAAGUGACAGCUAAACUUAUUUUAACUUUGAAGAUAAGACGUUUAUAG